AUGGUGGUAAAGAAGAAAACUACUGAAUCAUCUAGAAGACAUGCUUUCACUUCUUUUAAAGAAAGAAUAGAUGGUAUUAAAAUUGAACCAAAUAUAAAAUUAACUAAACGGCCCUUCGAUAUUGAAGUUGUAACAUCACAUUUACUAACUACUUUAGAUCAUUGGAAAGAAAUCAAUUUAUCUAAAAUAUUCACCGAUUUUUAUGAUCAAAUUGAAUCAAAUUCUCAAUCAUUACCUCAAAUAAUAUAUCAUCAAUCGUUUAUAUUUAAUAAAUUAUAUGAUUCAAUUAAACAAGUUGAUAUACAUUCAAUGCAACCAUUAUUAGAAUGUUUGACUCAAUUUAUACAUGAUUUAGGACCUGAUUUUUUACCGUACUAUUUAAAAACUUUAAAUUUAUUAACGAAUAUCGUGGUUAAUAUUGAUCCAAAUGAUUUACAAAACAAUAGAAAUAGUUCAAAUAUACUAGAAUGGACUUUUAACGCAUUAGCCUUUACUUUCAAAUAUUUAUCAAGACAUAUAAUAACUGAUUUAAUACCUACAUUCAAUGAAUUAUUACCAUUAUUAAAAUUGACUAAAAAGAAAUAUUUAUCAAGAUUUUGUUCAGAAGCAUUAUCUUUCUUAAUUAAAAAAUCAAAUGAAACUUCCCUACAACAAGUUAUUAAAUUUUCAUUAUAUGAUCAAGUUGAAACCAUAUUGGAAAAUGAUUCUUAUUGUGAAUCUUUAUCUAUUUUGUAUGCUGAAUCUAUGAAAAACACCAACGGCACAUUUCAUACAAAAUCAAAUCUUAUAUUAACUACUUUAUUAACUAAUAUACUAUUUAGUUUAGAUGAUGAUAAAGUCAAAAAUAAAUUAAUUGGAAUACUAUCUGAUAUAUUAUUAGAUUUGUUAAAUCAUGGAACUAAUGAGUCUUGUAAUAAGUUUUACAUUUUAAUUACCGAUAUUUUAAAUGAUUUGAUGAAAAAUUCAAAUAAUUUAACUUUAUUAACUACUUGUCAAAUAUUGUCAACUUUAUCAUUUGCUGAAUCAGGUAGAAAAAUAAAUGAUUGGAGUUGUAUAUUAAAUACUGUUAAUAAUUUGAUUUCAAAUUUGAAAAAUUUACAAGAUCCAUCAAUUGAAUUACUUGAAUCAUUUGUUUAUUUGUUAUGUAUUGUAUUUAGAAAUUGUGAUAUCCAAUUAUUGACAAAGAACUAUCGAAAUUAUUUUGAAAUAAUUAUGAAUUUAAAUGGUGGUAAUGAAUUUUUAUUAUUUGCACAAUCUAGUUUGACUAUUGUUAAAGCUAAAGUGACAAAUUUUGGGUUAAUAAAGUACAUUCAAGAGUAUAUAAACAAAAUUGAUGAUGAUCAAUUACCUAAAUUAGCUUACUUUUUAAGAAUAACAGACUAUAGAUUUGAAAUACCCAAUUUCAAAUUAGACAUUAACGAGAAUACCAGUUAUGAAGAGAUUUAUUGGAAAUUAUUAAUAUCAAGUUAUAACGAUAAAAUUGAUUUAGAUGUAACUUUAUUAGAGAAAAUUUUGUUCAAUUUGAAUUCAUCACCAUUGCAUAAGGAAUUAGCAGGAACUAUCAUCAAUAUACUAGUUCAAAAGAAUCAUACAUCUAAUUUAUCAACAUUUAUAGAGGAUUCAUUUGAGAAAUUUCAAAAUUCAGCCAAUUUCAUAUCUUCAAUAAACAAAUUCGUCAUCAAAACCGGUGACAAUGACAAUUUAUUACCUAAAGUUAUCAACUGUUUAUAUAUUCCAAAUCAUCAAGUACGUCUCAAUACCAUCGAAUUAUUAUUUACAAUUUUAAAAGAUUCACCUUACCUUUCACAAAUUAGAAUAAUUGAACAAAUUCCGUUAGAUUUAUCAAAUGGUAGAGAUAUAAUAUUGCGUAUAAGGAACUUAGCACUUGAAUUUCAAAAAGCGGUAAAUGUAUCUGAGAUAGAUAAACAAUUAGUCAUUCAUUAUUUAUUUGGAGUUUUAUCAAAUAAAUUUCAACCAUUUUGGAAUGGAGUUUUUGAAGCAUUACCUAUCAUAUCAAGUCAUGCCACAAAUGAAAUAAUAUGGCAAGUUGCAUUUAAAUUAUUAAAUACAAAUGAAGAAUCUGAACAUUUUGAAUUGGAUGAGUUUUCACAAGAGAGUGAUUUAAUCAAUUGGCAACCUAAAAAACAUAAAUUAUUUAAUAAUUUCACACAAUUUGAUAAUAAUUAUCUAAUUCCAUUCAGAAAUAUUCAUAAUUCAAUUAUGAAAUUAUGUAAAUUUGAUCUUGGAGAAACUUCAUAUGAUGAGAUUUUAAAAUUGCAUAUUUUACAAGGAUUAAAGACUAUUCCAAAUGCAAUUGAAUCACAUACUGAUGAAUUAGUACCAAUAUUAACGAAUCAAAAUAAAGAAUCAUGGUCAAUAAAAGAAAGAAAUGGAUUAUUGGAAUUAUUUACCAAAAUUAAAGGAUUAAAGAAGAAGACCAUGGCUGAUGAUUUAUACUCAUAUUUAUUAGAUCAUUUAUUAACUAGCACUCAUUCAAAAACUCAACAAUUGGCACUUGAUGUAUUAUUCAAUUUUAAUAACUCUAUAAUCAACAAAUAUAAAGAUAAUUUGAAAAAUUUAUUAGAUGAUACGAUUUUCAGUGAUGAGGUAGCUAUUUUUUUAUCUUCAAGUUCUUCAAUUAGUCAUGAAGAUAAAUCUAUAAUUAUGCCAUUCAUAAUUAGGAUUUUAUUUGGUCGAGUUCAAGGAUCUCCAAAGAGUAAUUCUAAACAAGGUAAAAAAUUUCAAGUCAUAUCAGUACUUCCAAGUUUAACAAACAGUGAUAUAAUUUCAUUUAUUCAACUAGGUGCAAAUAAACUAAAUUAUCAAAAUUAUUUUCAGGGAAUCGUACCUAAAGUAAGUCUAGGUUUAGAUAUAAAUGAACUUAAAAAAAUCAAUGGAUUUAUUAAUUUAUUAAUUGAAGUAUAUGAAACACUCGGAUCAAAUUAUGAAGAAGCAUUAAUAUUUACAAUUGAACCAUUGGUAUAUUCAUUAGUAUCAGCUCAAAAUUGUAUUGAAAGUGAGUGUAAUGAUAUCGUAAUGGAUAAAAUCGCAAGAUCAAUAAGAACAAACGGUAUGAAAUGUCUUAAUGAAUUGUUUAAAAUCGUGGGAGAAUCAUUCAAUUGGAAAUCUUAUUAUGAUUUAAUUUAUAAUAACUUAAUUUUACCAAGGUUGGAUAAUUUUGCCAAUGAGAAUUUACAACAACCUUCAUCAUUACUUCAAUUAAUUACAAGUUGGAUAAGCAACUCAAAUACGGUAACAUUAUUAUAUAUUGAUGAUUUUAGUAUUGUUAGGGCAUUAUUGUCUAUUCUUUCAAGAUCUAAAGAUGCUAAAGAAUCAGUAAUUACAAAAAUAUUAGAUUUUUCAAUUGAAGCAUUAGAGAGAAAAGAUGAAAUUGAUGAUUUAUGGUUUACAUUAUUGGCAUUAGUUGUAGAUUCAUUAUUACAGAAUCUUGCAGAGACAAUUAAAAAUAUAUAUGAUAAGGAAGUUGGAUCAAGGGCAAUCAAGAUUCUAUUGUUAUUGAUUUCUGGUAAAUAUAUUGAUGAUAGUGAGACGAAAUCAACACUUAUUGAAUCAUUAACUAUUGCAUUAAAGAAGAAUAAUAAUCAAAUUGAUUUAAAUGAUAAAGCAAAUAUAUUGAUUUCAUUAUCUUCAUUGAUUGAUACAUAUGACUGUGAAUUCAAAGAUAUUGAACAAUUUUAUACAACAGUUUCCAAAUUAUUCAGAUUCUUUCCGAUUAGAAAUGUUAGAGAGACUUUAUCUUCUGUUAUAUCAUCAAUUGGUGCCAAAUUUGAAGAAGUUGGUAAAACAGAUUUAAUUGUUGAUUUGAAUUCAUAUACGAUCCGAGGUGAAUUUGAUUUUGAAAAACGUUUAAAUGCAUUCAAAUUAAUUAAUGAAGAGUUAUAUAAUGAUUUAUCUCCAUUACAAUGGUUACCAUUAAUUAAUAAUUCUUUAUUUUUCAUUAAUGAUCCUGAAGAAUUAGCAAUAAGAUCAAAUGCAACUUAUAUGUUAAAACGAUUUAUUGAUUGUUAUUCAAACAAAUCUGAAGCAGAAGCAAUACCAUAUAUUUCACAAUUGAAAGAUUUAAUAUUACCAAAUUUAAAAAUUGGGAUAAGAAAAGAUAAUGAAGAUAUUCAAAGUGAAUAUAUCUCAUUGUUGGAAUACAUUGUAAAUCAUUCAAAAUAUUACACAGAAUUGGAAGAUAUGAAAAUUUUAUCUACUGAUGAUAUUCAAAUUGAUAAUGAAGACCAAGUAAACAAUUUCUUUCAAAAUAUUACAAAUAUUCAACUUUAUCGUCGUCAUAGAGCUAUCAAAAAAUUGAUUGAUUAUAAAUCUGAAUUAAAUGAAUCAAGUAUAUCACAUUAUAUAUUACCUAUUAUUGAAAAAUAUGUAACUUCAGAAAAUGACAAAUAUAGAAAUUUGGGACUUGAAGCAUUGGAUACGAUCAGUGCUUUAUUAAAAUCAGUUACUUGGAAUCAAUACAAGGCAAUUUUAAAAAGAUAUGUUUCAAAUUUAAAAACUCAAACUCAUUUAAAACAAAAGGUUAAUUUAAUUGUAUCUUCUUCAAUAGCAUUAAUUCAAUCUAAAAAUGAAAACACUAUGCAACUACCAAACCAAGAUGAAUUGGACAAUUUUAUAUUAUUUGAAAUGUCACCUACUUUAUUAAAAAUUUUGAAUGUUAGAGAUGAUGAUACUAUUGUUGCUAGAGCUCCUUUAUCUGAAGCAUUGACUAAUUUUAUAUUAUGCAUUAGUCCAUAUAAAAUUGAUGGUGAAUUACCUAAAAUAUUAACUAAUUUAUCUCAAGUAAUGAGAUCAAGAUCAGAAGAAUUAAGAGAUGCAGUUAGAAAAAGUCUAGGAAAGAUAUCAAUAUUACUUGGACCAAUUUAUUUCCCAUUUAUUUUAAAAGAAUUAAAAACUGCCCUUUCUAGAGGUUCUCAAAUUCAUGUUUUAUCCUUCACUAUGCAUUAUUUACUCACAUGUAUUUCCAAAAUUCUCUCUCAUGGUGAUUUAAAUGAAUCUGUUAAUUUAAUUAUUGAUAUUGUAAUGGAGGAUAUUUUUGGAGCAGCAGGUCAAGAAAAAGAUGCAGAAGGUUAUACUUCCAAAAUGAAAGAAGUUAAAUUUAAAAAAUCUUUUGAUUCUACUGAAUUAUUAGUUUCUAAUAUUUCAUUAAAUCAAUUUGGUGAAUUAAUCAAACCGAUAAAAUUAUUAUUAAAAGAGAAUAUAUCAUAUAAGACACAAUUAAAAUUAGAUGAAUUAUUAAGAAGAAUUUCUUUGGGGUUAAAUCAUAAUUUUGAAUCUAAUGAUAUUAAUAUCUUACAUUUAUGUUAUCAAAUCUAUCAAAUGUCAAAAGAAGAAGAAAAAGUGAAAGAAGUGAAAGAACCAACAGAAAAAGAAAAACAUUUCCUAACUACAUUAGAUCGUAAAGUUGUUAAAGCACAUGUUGAUAAAUCCUUAUUUAAAAUUACUUUACAGAAAUUAAGUUUAGAAUUAUUGAGGACGGCAAUUUCAAGACAUGAAAAAUUAUUAACUGUUGGAAACUUAUCUGAAUUUGUACCAAUUUUAGAAGAAUCAAUUAAAUCAGAUAAUGAACAAGUCAUAAUUGCAUCUAUAAAAAUACUUAUAAUUAUAAUUAGAUUACCAUUUGAUGAAAAUGACCAAAAUGUGUUUAAAUCAUGUAUGAGAAGAUCAUUAAUACUUAUAAAAGACUCACCUUCUACAAAUGCCGAUAUUUGUCAAACUGCAUUGAAAUUUUUAUCAACUACAAUAAGGCAUAACCAGGAAUUAAAUCUAAAAGAAUCAGCAAUUAGUUAUAUUUUAACUCGUAUUCAACCAGAUUUAAACGAACCAAAUAAACAAGGAACAGCAUUUAAUUUUUUAAAAUCAAUUGUGUCUCAACAUGUAAUGAUUCCUGAAGUUUAUGAAUUGAUGGACAAUGUAGCAAAAAUAAUGAUUGUGAAUCAUUCUAAAGAAAUUAGAGAUAUGUCAAGAUCAGUAUAUUUUCAAUUCUUAAUGGAAUAUGACCAAGGUAAAGGUAGGUUAGAAAAACAAUUUAAAUAUCUAGUAACUAAUUUAUCAUAUCCUACAGAAGAAGGAAGACAAUCAAUAAUGGAGUUAAUACAUUUGAUAAUUUUGAAAUCUGGUGAUGUGUUAUUGAGCAAAUUGGCAACUAGUUUUUUUGUAUCGUUGGCAAAUGUGUUAAUUUCAGAUAUGUCUAAUAAAUGUAGAGAGAUGGCAAAUGCAUUAAUUUCAACAAUUUUCAAAAAAUUAAAAGAUGUAAGUCAGUUAGAGAAAUUUAUAAUGAUGUGGUUGAAACAAUCAAGUAAUCAAUUGUUAAAACGAUGCGGAUUGAAUGUGUACAAGAUUUAUAUUAUUGUGUUGGGAAUGAACAAUGAGAAAUUGAAUAGUAUAGCAAAGGAUAGCAUAUUGCAUAUUUUUAAAGCUGCUAAGAAUGAAGAAGAUAAUGAUAUUGAAUGGGAAUUAUUAUAUUCUGCAUUAGUUUUAUUUAAUACUAUUGCAUCUAUUCAAAAAGAAAAGGUGUUUAGUAAGGCAUUUGAAUCAUUUUGGAAAUGUAUAGUAGAUAUUUUAUUAUAUCCUCAUUCAUGGAUUAGAUUAAACUCAUCAAGACUCAUCACAUUGCUAUUAACACAUUUGAAUGAUACUAAAUUUAAGGUAUCUGAAUAUGAAAUACAGACUAUUUCAGUUAAAUUGAUUCAUCAAUUAAGAGCACCAAGUAUCUCAGAAGAAUUAGGAAAUCAAAUUGUUAAGAAUCUAGUACUUAUUGGUAUGAAAUGGGAAUCUAAAAAUCAAGAAUGGAUAAACGAUGAUGAGGAUGGAGUUGUAAUCGCUAAUGAUUAUUUGUUAGAUAAGAUUGGUUCAAUUAUUAAACAAGAAAAUCUACAAUCUGUUGAAUCAAAAAGAAGCUGUAUUAAACUAUCAGCAAUGUUUAUUCAAUUCACUAAUGAUUCAAGAAUACUCAAGGUUUCAGAAAUGAUCAUUUCCGCAUUAUACAACUUUACUGAUUCUGAGUAUUCUAAAUCUGUUGAAGAUGAUGAAUUGAUCAAAUUGAGUACGGAGGCUUUGGAUCUCGUUAAUUCAAAAAUUGGAAUUACGGAAUAUACUUCAAUUUAUUCCAAAAUAAAGUCACAAGUUAAUAAUAGAAGAAUGGAAAGAAAGGCAAAGAAGGCUCAAUUGGCUGUUAACCAACCUGAUAUAGCUGCAAAACGAAAAUUUAAAAAACAUGAAAGAUUCAGGGAGAAGAGAAAACAUGAAAAGGAUGAAAAUGGAUAUUAUAAACCAAAGAAAAAGAGAGUAUUUUAA